AUGGCUCAUAAACUAAGAUUAUUCAAUUCACUAUCAAACCCUUUGUUUGCUUUACAAACCACUAGCAAUGAUCUUCAAUGCCUCGAUGCUGUCCCUUUUUUGUGGAAAGAAUCUAUCGUCACAGCGAUUCCGAAAAGUAGUGACUCUGUACUUCUCUCUUCAUAUCGCCCGAUUAGCAUUACUCCGCCCCCCAUAAAAGUUCUUGAAAAAAUAGUGAGAGAUAAAAUUCUUGCAUGGCUCAACAAAAACAACUCCAUUCCCCUUGAGCAGCAUGGCUUUGUGACUGGAGCCUCAACUGUUACAGAGCUCGCUGAUUGUAUUUUUGACUGGACUUUAGCGAUUAAUUCUGGAAAAUCAGUGGAUGUGAUCAGUUUUGAUUUGUCAAAGGCCUUCUGA